ACACUGCUCAGUUCAUUGCCUAGCAGGUGGCGCAUUCCAGUUGGAAAACUGACCGAGUCUUCCUUUGGUGCCAGGGUCUGGUUGGAGAACGUGUGACCAACUUCGAGAUGUCCUCCCAGCAGAGCUCCGCUAAAGGCUUUUCCAAGGGCUCGUCGCAGGGCUCGGCUCCGUGCCCAGCCCCGACGCCCGCCCCCACGCCCGCCCCCUCGUCCUCCUGCUGUGGCUCCGGCUGCUGCGGCUGCUGCGGCGACUCGGGCUGCUGCGGCUCCAGCUCCACCAGCUGCUGCUGCUUUCCCAGGAGGCGCCGCCGAGGGGGCAGGCGCGGCUGCUGCUGCUGCAGGGACAGCAGCCAGGGGUCCCAGUACUGUAGCAGCACCUCCGGCUGCUGUGGCGGCUGCUGAGGCCACGGCCAAGGCCGCCCCACACCUGUGUGAGAGCCGCUCCCACCCCGUGCCUCCGCCUUUCGACGCCUCGCCCAUCCCCGUGGGAUGGGGCCUCAGAGUUUGCUUCCCUUAAAGCUUGGAUGUUCAGACACCCACCCUAUUCUCAGCCUCGUCAAACUCCCUGACCCCCGUGUGCUUUUUCUCCUCGGGAACCAGAAAGCCAUGGGUGGGACACUGGACUACUACCUACUGUCUGCAAGGGCUUGCACACAGUAGGUGCUGAAUAAAUGGCCUACUGAUUCCAUUGCCCUUUGAGGACAUGUCAUACAUAAUAAAGCUUCUACCUCCUGAGAA